UUACAUUUUCCAUAUAAGGACUGGAUGUUGUAUGCAUAUUGCUCCCCUGCUGUGCGAUCUAGCACAUCGCUGUUCUAUCGUAUAGUUUUAGUGCGAAGAACUACUAAAACUAGACCUCGGCCCCUAAGGUUAAUUACUCCAUAAUGACAAACAAAGGGGACCCGGACACAGAUGGACGCGCCAAUGCGCGUCGACUGUCACCUGCCCGUAACUUGAUCGCGGGCUCAGUAAGCGGCAUGCUCGGGUGCGCUGCCGGCCAGCCCCUAGACCUGCUCAAAGUCCGACUGCAGGCCAUGAACCAGGUGAAACCUGGUGAAACCGCGCCCUUUAAAGGAGCUAUGGACUGUUUUAUGAAGACGGUUCGUCUUGAAGGCCUGCGUGGCCUGUAUAAAGGAAUGUUAUCACCACUGCUUAUGGCUACACCGUCCACAGCUCUUACAUUCUACAGUCUUUCCGUGGGAAAAAGGAUUCAGCUCUCUGACCCUUACCAGGAGCCAACGCUGGUCCAGUACGGGAACGCAGGACUUUUCUGUGGAUUCUGUGUUUCGUUCCUGUUUGCCCCUGCGGAACGGAUUAAAUGUAUUCUCCAAGUAGAAGCUGGUGCCUCGGGCUCCACGCAAAGUGGUCCAUAUGCAAUAGUCAAGAGGAUAUACGCGGAAGAAGGCGUUAGAGGUAUCUUUAGAGGCCUCCCGCCUACAAUGAUUAGGGAUACCUUUGGAACUGGAGUAUGGUACCUGACAUAUGAAGGGCUGCUGAUGCUAAUGAGAUCCGAGGGAACGUCAAGGGAUGACAUUGGGACCCUUCAAAUCGUAUCUGCAGGAGGAAUAGCAGGACUUGCAUUAUGGGGCCUUAUGUUCCCUGUAGACAUGCUGAAGACCCGUGUUCAAAUAGCCCCUAUGGGACGAUAUCCUAGAGGUGCUAGAGAUGUCUUGAAGGAGGUCUUGUGCAAUGAAGGACCAAUGGCUCUCUAUAAAGGCUAUGUUCCAGGAAUGAUUAGAGCCGUUGUCACCCAUUGCGGGUUGUUUAUAGGGUACGAGUUCACGAUGAAAGCGAUGAAUUACAUAGAACCUUGAGGAUUUUCGAAUAGACGCAAAUAG